CCCAGGCAGAGCGCGAAGAAUCGAAGCGGCUUUCCUGGCGGGCGGCGGGACAGCGGGGUCGAGCAGCGCCAUGGCGGCGGCAGCGCCUGAGCUUUGCUUAGGUGUAGAGGAGCUAAAACCUGACUUGCAGAAAGCUUAUGACGGCGAUUCUGACAGCGGACAGGGCAGCUGUGAAACAAGUUCUCCAGGACAUUCCAACAAGGAAGUUGCGUCUCUUGAUGACAGAGAUUCAGAGGAAGAGAUUUUUGUAAGUAAAAAAUCUAAAAGCAAACAGGUGCUUCAGGACAGUGAGAGUGAAGGGGAAGAGAGAGGCUGCUCCCUUGAGAAGACGGACACUGUAGCUGAAGAUGUUAAGAGCGGGGAGGAAAAAGAGCAUCUUAUUGCCCGAAAGAACAAAAAACAUCGGAUUCGCCAGGCUCUGCUGGACAGUGACGAGAGUGAUAUUGGUGACACAUUAGAUCACAAAAACCUUGAAAUAGAUGAGCAGUCUGAUGCGACUCAGAAUGAGCUGGAUUUGGGUUCACAGGUGGCGACUUUGCCAACAUCUCCGAAACAAUACAAAAAACACAAAAGUAAUUUUGAGGGUGAAACGGGCAAAAAAGCAAUGGGGAAAUCGAGGAGGAGGAGGAUGGAAAAAGAAAAAAAAAUGGAGGCUAUUAGAGAACUGAAGAAAGAAAAGAAACGGAAACAAAAGCAGGAAGAUAAUGGUGAGAAAAAUUCUAUUAAUGAUAGUGGGUGUCUUCUUGCUGACAAAGAACUCUUUGAUAAUGAUUUAGAGGAAGAAAAUGAUUCCCAUCCUGAAGAUGAAGAGUCACUAGAAUCAAUAAGAGCUGCAGUGAAAGGCAAAGUGAAAAAACAUAAGGGUAAGAAUUUGUUUUCUGAAGAUCAAAAUUACAAACAUGUAUUUGAUGAUGAGAAUGAGGAACCCACAUUGAAAAGAGCUAAGAGAAAGGAGCGGAAGGCAGCAAGGUUAAGUAAAGAAGCCAUGAAACAACUGCAUAGUGAGAGCCAGAGACUUGUAAGAGAAUCAUGUCUGUCGCUCCCAUAUUAUGUGCCUGAAACCAAAACCAUACAUGAGUUCUUCAAGCGUAGACCUAGACCAGCUUGUCAGGGAAAUGCUAUGGCAUUGCUGAAGUCUACUAAGUAUCAACCCUGCCUAAAUGAAGAAAGUGCAGACACUGAGACCUCAAGUGUGAAUAUCAAAGACACUUGGACAGAGGCUGGUCAAGCAACAGCUAGGGAGCUGGAAACAGGACUCGAUGAGAAUAUUGACACCUUUGCGGAUAAACCCUCCACAGAUGUGGAGGAGAAUCUGAGAGAAGAUUGUAAUGAAAAGCACAGGCAGGAUGGUGCCUUGGAUACUCUUAAGAGCCUAACAACUGCUGUUAAUUCAGAAGAGCAGGUUUCUGACUUGCAGAGUAGUCAAUGUAGGGAGCAAAUGGAGAGUGAACUUUCCUUGGCAUCUGAAGCAAGUGCCCUUGAACAAAGAGAGGACCAGCUGCAAAAAACAGGUGUAGAAUGUGACAAGCCUGUUCAACAGGUGGCUUCAGUAGUAAUGGCACAGCCUGAAAAAGUAAGGAAGUCCAAGCUGGAUAAACUUCGGGAGCUGGGAGUCGACCUAUCUGUCAAACCAAGACUCUGUUCUGACAAGGAUUCCUUUAUUAACCUUGACGAGCCUGAAUCAAACAAAGAACUGGAAGCUUUGAAGGCACGUUUCUUGAAGCACACUCUUCAGACAGCCAAACCAAAAACCGAGCGGAUUGUAAACUUGAACAUUAUUCGUAAAGAGACCACUUCUGAGGGAAAAGAGGAGCUAAAAUCAGAUGUGGUGCCAGUGACAUUGGCUGCAGAAAACGUAGAUGAAACAGUCUACACAAAGCCAGGUGAAAAGCUACAAGUGCUGAAGGCUAAACUACAGGAGGCCAUGAAACUCCGCAGGAUUGAGGAACGGCAGAAGCGGCAAGCACUGUUUAAACUGGAUAAUGAGGACAUGGAGGAGGAGGAGGAGGAGGAGGAAGAGGAGAUGACAGAUGAGUCGGAGGAGGAGGAAGGCAACCAUGAGACUGUGGACUUUCUUCUUGGUGAGGCAGAGGAAGAAAAUGAGUUGGAAGAGAAGGGCACUGAUGAUGGAGAUAAAGAAACUGACAAAGAAUCAGUUGAUGAAGAACGGGUGGAGAAAUCUGUGCAUUGUGAUUCUGUCUCCAAACCUCCUUCAACAGAAUCCACACUGAUACUGUUCAAGGACAACUCCUCCAAGCUGGGAUAUUCCAUUCCUGAUGAAAAAACCGAGUUGGAGGAAGCUCCAGACAAAAGGCCUAGCAAAUUAGAAGAUGACGAUUCAUUUUCUCUGCCAACUUUGGCAAAAGAAAACAGCCACAACAGCAGCUUCGAGUUGAUCGGCUCUAUGAUUCCAUCGUACCAGCCUUGCAACAAACUGGCACGUGGAGGAAACUUUCUACCUGCGGCAGGAGGUUUUAGGUCACCAUCUCCAGGUUUUUUCAAAGCUAGCUUUAUCAGCUCUGCUUCCAAGAGUUCUGGAAAGAUAUCUGAGCCCUCCCUGCCCAUAGAGGAUUCCCAGGAUCUGUAUAAUGCCUCCCCUGAGCCCAAGAGUUUAUUUCCAGGAGCUGGAGAGUCUCAGUUUCAGUUUUCUCUGGAAGAUGAUACUCAGAGUCAAUUGCUUGAUGCAGAUGGGUUCCUGAACGUUGGGCACCACAGGAAUAAAUACCAGUCCUCAAAGCAUCGUCUGACUCUGGCUAGCAUGGAUGAGAAUGCAAUGGAUGCCAACAUGGAUGAAUUAUUGGAUUUGUGUUCUGGACAGUUCAGCAGCCAUGGAGAGCGCACUCCAAAUUCUAGCAGUGGCAAAAAGCAGAACAUGGAAGAACUGCUCAAUCUGUGUUCCGGAAAAUUUGUGUCUCAGACGGCUUCUCCGACAUGGGCAUCUUCCGUGUCCUCUAAGCCAGAGAAAGAGAGUGACGCAGAAGAUCCAAUGGCAGAAGCACUAGCACUUUGUUCGGGAUCCUUCCCAACAGACAGGGAAGGGGAAGAUGAAGAGGAGCAGGAGGAAGAAUUUGGUGACUUUCAGCUCUUAACAGAUGACAAUGCAUUUGAGAAUGAAGAGGAUGAAAAAAGUGAAGGAGAUGAGGGAAGUGAAGAUUGUGAUAAUGAGGAAGUAGAAGUUAGUGAUGAUGAUGAAGAAGAACUGUUAAGACAAAGACAGGGCUUGAAGAAAAAAUUAAAACUGCAGGAUUUCAUGGAAGAUGAGGCAGAGCUAUCAGGGAGUGACGUAGGAAGUGAGAGUGAAUAUGAUGGUGAAGAACUGGAUGAAUAUGAAGAGGAGAUCAUUGAUGAAGAACUCCCUACUGAUAUGGAGCUGGAGAAUCAAAUACAAAAAAUACACAUGAAGGCAAUGCUUGAUGAUGACAAACGUCAGUUACGCUUGUACCAGGAAAGAUACCUUGCUGAUGGAGACCUGCACAGUGAUGGCCCUGGACGAAUGAGAAAAUUCAGGUGGAAGAACAUAGAUGAUGCUUCCCAAUUGGAUAUGUUUCAUGGAGACUCUGAUAAUGAGGAAAAUGAAGAACAACUUGAUGAGACAGAGGCAAAGUGGAGGAAAGAGCGGUUUGAACGAGAGCAGUGGUUACGUGAACAGUUAGAGAAAGGAGACAAGAAGGAAGAGAAGGAGGAGGAGGAGGAAGAAAUAGGUGAAAACAGUGAAUUCAUGAAACUAGCAAAAAAAGUGACUGCUAAGUCUCUGCAAAAGAAAGCUAAACCUGUAGCAGCUGUAAAAGAAGCAAAAUCCUUGCCAAGAAAUCCUUUUGAAACAUUCAAACCUGGCAGCGACCUGAUGGUAAAGAGUGGAUCACUUCUGAACAGACCUAAAUCUGUUCUUCAGAAGCUUGCAGCCAUGUCAGACCUUAAUCCAAAUGCUCCCCGAAAUUCAAGAAAUUUUGUCUUCCACACACUUUCCCCACCUAAGAGUGAAGAAGCAAAGGAGAAAUCAAAACUGCAGGUGAAAAAGAGGGGUCCUUCUGCAAUAGUGACACCCUCUCCCAAACGGCUGAAGACAGAUGCUGCUGCAACACAAGGGAGCCAGAGUCGAAGCAUAUUCCAAUACUUGGAGAGCUGAAUAAUUCUCUCUCUGGGGCCAGGAAUUGUAACUUGUCCUUUUGUCAGCCAGCAGUAUGUCAUGCUUUUAAAUGUCCAGGGGAAAUUAGUUUUCUUUGCUGUUUUUGCCCCUGCUGCUUUUUAUUUGCGUCGGUUAUCCCAGCAGAUUCGGUGCUUUCAUGACAGUGGCCUUUACGUAUCUCACCAGGUCUUUGCCAGCAUUCCACAGCAAACGAGAAGUCUUAAAAUCCAUGCUUUAAUUGGUCUGAGGCAUUAACUCAGUGUCUGCCAACGCAUUACUAACAUUACACUACAGAAUGCAGACCUUGUAGAGUUAUGACACAAGUGUCACUUCCUUCCACAAAUUCCCUUACUGCGAUAGUUUGUUUUUAGAAUAACAGUGGGAUCUGUGCAUGGCAACAGUUUUGGCGUGGUGAGAUGUAGGAUCUUUUAUAUAAAAGAAACAAAAAUGUUUCCAUGUACUGUUUACAGCUGCAGUAGUAAAGUGCUGUUGUCUUCUAUCGCACCUAUUUCUUUUUCUCAGUGUUGACCAUGUACUGGCUUGAUAACCUGAGAGGUUCCAGUCUGCAUUUUAAAUAUAUUUAAAAAAAAUGUUCUUUUAUAAAAUAGUGUAAAUAGCAUUUCACUUUUCCCAGCUCUUAACUUUUACACCCAAUCUUUUUAUAUGUAUGCAGAGGGUAUGCGCGUGUAAAAGUUGUUUUUAUGCAAUGAAGAUUUUUUUUUUUUCAGUUGUCUGUGGACUUUUUUUGGAUAAAGCUGAAGUUCUCCAUCACAAUUCAGCUGUUGCAGAGGUGAAUCAUCUAUCCUUUUACAGAUAAUAACAUAGGGCCUUCUUUAGAAUGAAGGAACUAGGUGCUACACUCCAGAAGAGCAAUUAUUUACAACCCUUUUGCAGUAAGAACAGAACUUGAAAAACAGGUAAAACAUGCAUCUACUUGCAUUUUGAAUGUGUGAUGCUAAAGACGACUUGACUUCAUUCUAAUGUUCAGGCUAGUUCUCACAGACUGAACAUUUUCCUGAGACUUGAUUUCAAAUGCUCUAGAUGCUGACUUGACCCCAAGGUGUACAUUUUGUAAUUUCAUAAGCACACUUUUGUGCAUGGCUGAAUGUAAAAUAUUUUAAUGUAUAUUGUGUUUAUAAAGGACUGCGGUACUAAUAGGUGUGCAAUUUUUACAAUAAAACGAGCUUUUAAUUUUC